AAUAAGCAGUUCCAUUCCCCCAUAGAAUAAUCUUGGCUCUGCUCUUCAGCACAGAAAAUCGUGCUUUACUGAGCUUUUCUUGCGAAUAUGACCACUGGUCUCGAAUUAGCCUUGGCUUUGGUGCCGCUCGUAAUUACAGCAACUGAACAUCACAAAAAAGCUUUUCGCAAAGCUAAGAUGAUCGCAUCACCAAAAACUAGAGAUGAAAAUCUCCUCGACUUUCUCCUAGAACUUCACGAUGAGGUAGCUUUGCUAGGACAUACCUUGCGACGGCUGAUUUCUGACCUGACAACGCUGACAGAAAAGCAAAGAGAGCUACUUUUGGUUCUCGAUCGAGAACAAUGGAAGCAGGAUGACAUCAACGUAGCUCUAAGGACAAGGCUAGGGAAUGAUGCAGAAAAUGCGUUUACAAGUAUUCUCGAUCGCUUGCUGAAGGCUUUGGACGACGUCGUCAGCGAGAAGUCUCUACAGUUCAUCAGCUCUGAAAAGGCAUCUUCUGUCGGACUUUUCAAGAAAUUAGAAGGCUUCCGUGAGGAGAUGAAGCACGGUACAACAGUACAAGACCUUCGGACCCGAUUUCAGUUCACCACCAAAGAAGAGCGGCGCAACAAGAACCUGAAGAAAAUCCGAAAAUGUAACGAAAAGCUGGAACGUUUUGUUCACGGCCGCUCUUCCAGCGUCACUUCCGAAAGACAUAAAUCCAUUAUGAGCAGAAAGACACGACCGCCAACGAACAGGUCUCGUAGACUUUCCCAAGAUGCACACAAGAAGAUUUCUCGAUGCUGGUCCUGUCCUUGCUCAUCGCCCCAUGAGGCGAAGCUGAGUCUCUUGAAGUGUUUGGCGCAAAACGAAGGUUCUGAUUCUGCUAUCAAUCUCGACUUGUUAGUGUCUAUGAUGAGUGGGGAGCAACCAAAGGAAAUCUGGCUGGAAAGUAGAAUUCGGAUUCUUUCUGGAAAGCACGAAAAGAAUGGCCAGACCAUCGUCAGAUUCACAGAUGAUCCAGAUCCUGCUCAAUCAGUACCAGUCUUCAAGGAUCCCCGGCGGUUCCUCGACACGGACUCGGUCUGCACUUUCAUCAAAGAAGCGCACAAGAACAACAGCAGUUUGGAACUUGUGUUCGAUGGCGAAAAGCUCUGGCAAGGGCGGCCAACUGGAAGUCGCGUGCAUUACAAACCUGAGAUUGGUAUACCACUCGACACCCUUCUAGGUGAUGCGCAGACUCGGUUGAAACUGAAAGAAAGUAGAGUCCUGGCAGUCGUUCUCGCUCAUGCCAUCCUACAUUAUUGCGAAAGUCCAUGGGUUUCCAAUAGCUGGAACAAGCAGCAUGUGAGCUUCUUCGCUACCCUCAAUGGACCUGAUCUCAUGAGACCUUACCUUGAGACGCAAUUCGAGGCUAGAACUGCGCCUUCAGAUGGCGUGGUGGACGAUUUGUACAGUCAUCCAAGUCCAGCACUACUGUCUCUUGGUAUAUUGUUGCUCGAACUCUACCUAUCAAAGCCAAUUGAGUCUUUGUGGGAGGCUGACGAUACCGAGGAUGGUAUGGAAGGCGUCAACACGAACUGGAUCACAGCCGAAAAGCAACUAGAGAAGAUGGGUGACGAUCUGUAUGAAGGGUACAGAAAUGCUAUACAAGCAUGUCUUAAAGUCGAUUAUGUCGAUAGUGAGGACUUCAGUCUGGACAAUGAGAGUUUCAGAAAACUCAUCUAUGAGCGGGUUGUUAUUCCAUUAGAAGAUGAGCUGGAUAAUGGUUUCCAUAUUCGCCCAGAGCAGCUCGGAGUAUUAUGAACUUUAUUAUAGUUGAUGUUUGCUCGGAGGAUCAGGGUUCUAUACGCACAGGCAAGGUAUCGUGCUUCAAAGUACACAAAGAUCAGUAUUAGUCAUGAGAAUAUAAGCAUCUUUGAGCAGUUGCUAAGGUACCUGAGAAUGUGCUUAAGCGAGCCGAGCCAAACAUCCAAUAGAAGGUAGAGUAUGAUUCUCGAGAGCCCGCUUUUGUCUUCAUCUUAUAUAAUGUUGGCUCGGUCCACAUUCCGUGAGAAUUCUUUGGAUAGUCAAUUUCUCGUCUACUCCGGCAGAUUAAAAUCGUCAGAAUGCAUGUGAAGAUGCAGCUGCAAGGAUUUCUGCGAGCCGGCGUCAGCCCCGACAGCCUCACUCUCCGGGUAAUCUCAAGGCAUUCAGUCACCUAUUCGUACUCGGUCAAAAGCUCUAAAGAAGCGGGGUAGUGUCUCGAUCAAAGGAUGUACCAGUUUUAAAAGGAGUGAACGGCCAGAAGCCAACAGUACGACAUCCACAACAUUCUUCGCCGCCAGUCGUUAUUUGCCUGCUGAUCAGCUGGACAACGCGAUAACCAAGGGUGCACACUUGGGAAGGGUUUUACCCUCCAGCGAGAUAUUGCCUAAACUCUCAGAAUCUCACGCUUCAAGGCAGCCUUAUUCCUUCAAUCCCAUCCUUCAGCGGCUCAGCCCACCAAAUUGAGGCCCCAAUCCCGUACAGAUCACAAAGCGUACAUUCUGCAGGCCAAACGACCGAAACCAAUCCAGAUAUGGACCCUCCAAGCGCGCCAGAAAAGAUUCAGCCUUGGAAGGCUCAAUGGCUCGCAAAACAAUCCGCGAAGAAGUCUGAGAAUAGCGAGAAAGACAUGGCUCUCCGUGAAGGUACUAGUCAUGGAUUUUCGAAGGGACAAGAGGUCAUUCUCGAUGGAUCGACGACUGGAAUGGCGUCCCGACUACUGCACAAAAACAAAGCGGAAAGUCUGAAGGAGUCAUGAAAGUUAGGAUUGUGUGGGAAUACUCUGAAAGACAUCUUCGACCACUGGCGGAUAGUCUGGUAAAUCGAUGUAGAACACAAAUGCUCUACAGUUGAUACUUUCACGUGGCAGCUCUUCUGGUGCCACCUUCGGGUUAUGAAAGGCAGCAUGAGGAGAAGCUUUCUCAAUCAGCAUUGUGUACAUCAAAGGAAACUUCGGCCACCCAGGGUAAAUAUUAUUGGACUGACCGGGCGCUUCUGAAUGAUCACUGUCUGCACUCUUGAAUAUCAAGACUUCAGUUGUCGUUUGAUCUGGAAGAUAAAACCAUUUCUGGUCUACAUUAUGCAUAAUUUGCAAGUUCUCGGUCGCGAAAUUCUCGUAGACGAGGUCCCCAGCCAUGAUGUCGUUGCGAUAGUCAACAGAUUGUGCGUCACAAACUGCCAGUGGCCAGUCAUUCAAUGGUCCUCGGAGAGGCCUCCAAAUACUAAAAGAGUGUCAGAAAUAGUCUCGUCGGCACUAUCAAUAAUAGAAUUUCACUUGAAAAUGAUGCCUACUUAAUGAUCUGCCAAUGACCACU